GGUUGCAGUCGCGUUGAGCAUAAUACCGUGUUCAGUGUAGCUUGCUACCAUUUGUUUAUUGUCGUGACCCGUGAGCGGCGAGCCGUUUAUUGCUGUUUGUAUCUUUCCCGCCGGCAAACCCCACGUUUUUCCGUUCCAUUGUUGCUGGGCUUUGCCGUCGUCGUCGUCUUGAACUCGACAAAUUCGACUUGGUCGUUUCAAAAGGUUGUUCCAACACCAGACUCGACGAAAAUGGCCGUGGACAAAGGAGAUGCUCCUGAACAUAUUAACCUUAAAGUACUGGGACAAGAUAACGCUGUUGUUCAAUUUAAAAUUAAGAAACACACUCCUUUAAAGAAAUUGAUGAAUGCUUAUUGUGAAAGAACUGGACUUGCUAUGGCCACAGUGAGAUUCAGAUUUGAUGGUCAAGCUAUUAGUGAAGCAGAUACUCCUUCGUCUUUAGAGAUGGAAGAAGGUGAUACGAUAGAAGUAUAUCAACAACAAACUGGUGGAUCAUUUUACUUUAACUAUUAUUAAUUAUACUUUAUGUAUAUUUAUUAUUUUCUACUCGGAGGGGUGUAUUACGGUCAACUGACAUUUUGUAAAUAAAUCUGCCAAUUCAUUGCGAUACACCCUAUUUAUAUAUUUAAUACACAUGUACAUCCUAGUUGUAAACGAUAUUUCAUGUUUUUUUUUUUUUUUUUUUGUCCAGUUUUUUUCUACUAUCUUGGUGGUAUACAAGUAAUUUUUUAAUAAACGAGUAAGACUAAAGUACAUUUUUUGAAAAUUUAAUAACUAUCAAAUUAAUGACAAUGUCAUAGGAGUUUUUUUGUAAUUUUAUUUAUUAUUGGAGGUUUAUAAAAUUGUAUAAAAGCCACCAUUGUUACUGUACUUAUGAUGAUAACAUAUUCCGCACGAUUUUCAAAGGCUGUACCGCAUAUUGUAUAUAUUUUACUGAAUGCAGGAAUUUCUUUAACGCAGUGGAAAUCAAAAUCCUCAUUGUAAUCUUGAAUGCAUAAAUAUUUGCGUUUUGUCAUAUCCUGUAAUUUAUUAAAUAAAUUGUACCAUUUUCUCAGUUUA